CGUUCAGCUAAUCUGAUGGAUUUGAUGGCUGUGCAUUUCUAACUUUAGUGAAUUGCCCAAUAAAACCGAACCAGAGAGGGGAGGAUAAAGAGAGAUAAGAGAAGGAAGAUGUGUGGAAUACGGUAAAUGAUUAAUUUAGAAUUUUUAACACUGAAAAGGGGCGACAGAAGCUCCCUGUUGCGCUAAUGGGAAAGGAGAGGAGGCUUUUCUGAAAUAGAAAUUAUGUCCAGCUCUGUGAAACCUUCCUUAUGCCCUUAGGGAAUCUGAGUCCCAGCUUCCAGCUUGUUUCCGAACGGGAAGAAAUAAGGCGGAUCAGGCUGGGCCAAGAAGCUGCAGCAGGUUGGGGUAUUGGUUUUCUGUUCUUUCCUGUCACAUGGCCCGUAAUUGGAUCCCUGGCUCAGCUGGGGGCUGCAGUUGCAGAGCAGAUGCUGUAGGGUGUCUCUGCUAUCGCUGCAUUUCCCCUUCCCUGCACCCCAGCCCCCUGCACAGAAGCACCCGAGGCAGGAGGCUCCGUUCCCUGCUGCGCUGGAUGAAGGAGCUGAGCCGGGACCUGCUGCCUGCCCUCGCCCAUGGAGUGUCCCGCAGCCACCGUGGCACUCGCCCUCUCGGGACUGGCGCUGACUUUCUGCUUUGAGCGGCUGUAUUCCGAAUGUUACACAGCAAAUGGGGCGGAUUAUCGGGGCACUCAGAACCAAACCUCCUUGCAUGCGGGGAGACCUUGUCUCUUUUGGAAUGAGACUUUUCAGCAUCCUUACAAUACCCUGAAAUACCCCAAUGGAGAGGGAGGGCUUGGAGAGCACAACUACUGCAGGAACCCUGAUGGAGAUGUCAGCCCCUGGUGCUACAUUGCAGAGUGUGAGGAUGGAGUGUAUUGGAAAUACUGUGAGAUUCCGUCUUGCCGAAUGCCUGGGAAUCUUGGCUGUUACAAGGACUAUGGAGAUCCACCUCUUACUGGCAUCAGUGAGACCUCAAACAAACUCACUAUCCAAACCUGCAUCAGCUUCUGCCGAAAUCAGCAGUUCAAGUUGGCAGGCAUGGAGUCAGGCUAUGCCUGUUUCUGUGGGAAUAACCCUGACUAUUGGCGCUAUGGGGAGGCAGUCAGCACAGAAUGCAACAGUGUCUGUUUUGGCGACCAUACCCAACCCUGUGGUGGCGAUGGCAGGGUCAUCCUCUUUGACAGUAAGUAUUGAAAUGGCCUGAGCAUCUCUGAAAGGGAGGCUUCAAAUACUUAGCAAAUCAGGGGAAAGAGUCUUCAAGGAAUUUGGGCACGACUGAACACAAAACAAUGUAAGACUCACAGUAGGGCUCAACUGUAGGGCAGCUGAGGUCCUGUCUGGCUUAGAACAAUGAGAACCUGAAUUCAGAGUAAAAUUAAUUAACCUUCAUUCCAAUUCUGUGAAUGGAGUGGCAUAUCUCUUCCAAUAAAUGAUACUUGCUCAGACAACUGCUUCAUGCUCCAGAUACUAGGGUGCCCUUUUCCACAAAGGGCUCUCAAGUGGCAGUCAUCCACAACACAGCAACACAGCACUGAAGGGCACUUUCAGAUCUGCUCUUAACUGAUGAAUGCAUGUGCAACUAAGGUAAGUGAUCAUCUUCAGUCAUCCCAUCAGACAUCAUAAUUGGUACACAUCAGCUCAACUUUUAAUAAAUAGUGUUAUGUUCAGUCUGGUAAAGGAGAAAGGGGAACCCAGCUGAGAUUUACCUGGAGCUGUGGGAAGAGGAGGGAGUUCCACCUUUUACACUAAAAAUAAUUAGAUGUAAUUAUAAAUCUAGUUACUAAUUUUUGAGUAAAGGAAAAACAGAAUAGUUGACCAUAGACCUUAUUUUCUUACCUACAUAGUAAAAGAGGAUGUCAAAUAUACAAGACAACAAAAUGUAGAAGACCUGUCAGUGGAGCAGCAUGUUACAUCAAAGGAAUGAGUUAUAUUCAGGGGUGAAAGUAACUGAGGACACUUACCGGUACGGGGGGUUGGCUCUGGCCCCCGGAAGGGGCGGGGCCUCAAGCGGUAGGGGCAGGGCUGGGUGUCAGCAUCCCCCAGCCAACCCUUGGACCGCGCCGCCCAGGGCUCCCGUGUUGAUUUAAAGGGCCCAGAGCUCUGGACACUGCUGCUGUGGUAGGAGCCCUUUUAAAUCACCGGCUCCAGGGCAGCUGCUCCCUUUGCCCCCUC